AGUCACUGCAGUUAGCAGCCGUGUCUUUAGCACGGAAGUUUUGUAGCUGCUUGGUUGCUAUAGCAACAGACUGUUGUGGUCUCGCAACGAUGAAGCGGUGAUUAGCUAUCGUUAGCAUCAGCACAGGUGUUUCAGGAGGAACUAGUGAUAAGAGAAGAGAUGGAGGCCUCCUCACAGAGCAGAGUUGGUGGGGGACUGUGGAACCACCCCAGACCCACCCAGUACAGCAAGGAGACUCAGGAUAUAGUGAGAUUAAUGAUGCAGGAAGCUGGGCUCGACGACUUCCGGAGAAACCAGAUCAACAAUUGCCUCAAAAAUGGAACAGCUUUACCACGGACAUCUCACCCUGCAGUGCCAGCUCCCCCUCCUCGGCCAAAAAGCAGUAAAUCUGUCCAGAAAUCCCUGGAUUGUACGCUUCAGAGACGACGCAGCGCUGAAUCCUGUCGUUCUGGGGACAGCUACAUCAGAGAACAGUUCUGUCCUGGUCCUACAAGAGACUUGGAGAAAGAGAAGAGGAGGCUUCAGAAUAUUUUUGCGACAGGACAGGAAGAGCCCACAGCUGCACAGCGCGCACUGAUGCUCAAAAAUGUUCAGAAGCCAGAGGUGGUGGAAAAGGACCGAUUCCAGGAAGUUCUGGAUGAGAUCGAGGAGAGGAGACAGUUUCUGGCACAUAUGACUGCUUUGGGCAGGCAGAGGGAUUACAUCACCAUCAUCAACACAGAGAUAUCGCUGAAAAUUCGAGAACUGGAGUUGUUGGACAAGGCCCGCAGUGCCAGGAAGGAUGCAGUGACAUGUGAGAGGAAAGAACCGACUGCAGAACAGACAAACAUGAACAUGUACGAGACGGGAGGAGGGGAGACUCACUGUAACUGACUGAACUGUUGGAAGUAAAGUGCAGGCAUUAAAACUUCAGAUUCAGAUUAUGAA